AAUUUGGUUUCUUACCUCUUUAAUGGAAGAAAAACCAAACAAACUGAGGCUGUAUGGAACUGAGGCAAGCCCUUUUGUUCGUAGAGUAAUAUGGGCUCUCAAACUCAAAGGUGUUGAGUAUGACUUCGUCCAAGAAGAUCUUUCCAACAAGAGUCCUUCCCUUCUGCACUACAAUCCCAUCCACAAGACGGUUCCGGUGCUCGUCCACGCCGGAAAGCCCAUCACUGAGUCGGCUGUGAUACUCGAAUACAUCGAGGAAACAUGGCGUGACCCCACACCCUUGCUCCCCGAGCAUCAUUAUGAGAGAGCCAUGGCUCGUUUCUGGAUCGCCUAUGGAGAUCAAAAGUAUCACCACGUAUUUCACAGCUUCCUUGCGUGCUCGGAGGAGGGUAAAGAGAAGGCGGUGAAAGACCUGCUGGAAAUGUUGAAGGUCGUUCAAGACGAGGCAUUAGGAGAUCAAAAGUUCUUUGGUGGUAACACACUUAGUUUGGUGGACUUGUGUUACGGUUGGCUUACCUCGUUGAAGUAUGUGGAACAAGUCGUGGGCGUGCGGGUGCUGGAGCCAACGACGCUUCCAAGGCUGCACCGGUGGAUGCAGGAUUUCAAGGAAGAGCCUGUGAUCAAGGAGAAUCUUCCAGACCUGGAGGCGAAGUUACCGGAGCUCGAAACCUUAAGGAAGCAUCUUGUGUCGACGAACAAGUGAUGGGAGUCACAACUUCUUUGUAUCGUUUUCUAGUAUAAUUCUCAACUCUUGCUCAAGGUCUUCUACAUACCUUUUAUUUUGACAAUAAACUCCACUUAGAUUAAAAAAAA